AUGCACUCUGGCCUAAACGAGGAGCAGCGCGUAAACCUGGUACGGGAUUUCAAUAAUCCCGCCAGCGGGAUCAAAGUUCUUAUAAUUACCUACAAUAUUGGGUCUGUGUGUCUCAACCUUCAUGAGGCCUGUGUCCUCGUGAUUUUGUCCACUCCCGGCCGCAGCUGGGACAACGAGGCUCAAGCCUUCGGGCGCUGUCUAAGGGCUAGUCUCCAGCUAGCGAUUAAUGCGCGGGACCCUGCCAUUGAAUCACUGCUCUUAAAGCUUCUUCGGAAGCUACAGGUCGAGCUUGAUGAGUUCCGAAAGUCUGAUAGGGCACGGGACCUCAUGAAGGAGAAGGUUGCCAUAGACAGAGAGUAUGAGGAAGAACUAGAUCGCUUUCUCGCCCUGAAGGAUCUCCAAAAACGCGUCGCGUGA